AUGAACCAAGAUUGUCUGCCCGAGACAAAAGCUAUACCCCACAACACAGAAGAAUCAGCGAGUAUAAACACGCACAAUGCAACACUUAUUCCUCAAACCAAUGUGUCUUCGCUUGGCGAUCCACCGAAACAAGUCAAUGACAAGAAGGUUUCAGAGGGAGAAAGUACAAUAUUACCACUUGUUAAAUAUAAAAGGAACUACACCGACCAAAAUGUCAUUAAAGAAGGACUCGUAUUAUGCACUCGUACAGCGAAAUGGUUCACAAAGAAAAAGUCUACCAUGAGAGAAGUGCAAUUACGAAAGACGAGGUUGCGAUGGAGACAGUUUAAAGCGGUUUUAAAACCCAACCGAAUUGAGUUAUACCAUGUGACAACAAUUAUUAUAUCGGCGCAAAGAUUAGCGCAUGUGAUUCAUUUAAACAAUCAAUACCCUUAUAGAAAAGUCAGACUCUCAUUAAUAUCUGCCCAUGAUUAUAUUUGGUGCUUAGAAUUUUCGCAUUAUGAAACAAAGACCUUCAUAUCCUAUCAUUUCCAAUCUUCCUCGUUAUCUGAAGCGCGAGAUUGGUACAUGGCCGUGUACCGUGUAUUACCUUGUGUCACUUCAUGCAAAAUGCCUAUUCCUCCCUCAAUCGAUAUAUUUGUCAUGGUUCAAACAGAAACACAUCAACAAAUCGAAAUAAGAAUACCUCUCGAUAUGAUCUCGGAAAUGGAGGGAAAUGAUGGUCAAUUCAACAUACGAAUCUCAGACAUAAAACCCGUGAUAUUAACUCUUUUUAAGAAGAAUGGCGUGUUCAGAAUGAUCGAUGGAAACCGACUCGACGUUUCUUCUACCGUCAAAGAUUUUAGACUGUGCUGGAGAGGCAUUUCAACAGAAAAGCCUGAGAAAAAAGGUGAUGCUUCUGCUUCAGAUUCAACCGCGAUGUCAUUCCAAACACCAAUCACAGGGGAUUCAGUAGAGUGGAUUGGUGAUCACGAAGAGUUGGUUGGACCUCAAUUGAUUGAACAGCAACAUCGACUCGAGCUAAGAAUAUGUGAACCAGAAAGUCAAUCCACAAAGGAUACGACCACAGUGACGUACGACGGAUUAUUGUUCCAUAAGAAAUGGUACACAUCAACCACGCUUUCAGGGAGAAAGCAGAAAUGUAAAAAUAUCCCUUAUUAUGUGGUACUUUACGGGCACCAUUUAUUCCUGCUCGACAAAUCAUAUUACUACUUUUACAAACGACAGCAGCAUCAGCUCAUGGAAAAAAAGAAGAAUUCCAAUCGAUAUAUGAACAUUGAAACAAAUAAACGCAAUCAUAAUUGGUUUUCAGCGACCACAGGCGGGAUACAUCUACAACAGCAAAAAAUAUUUUAUAACAAAAAGAAGAAGAAGGAAUGGCAAUAUGUAAACUAUUCUACACCUAAUUUGACCCCGUCUUCCACGGCCGUCGUGAAUAACUCAUCAGUUAUUGACCCUACAUCAGCACCUUACCCUGAUUUAUUAAUUAAUGCUAAAUACCUUAUCAAUCUAAGCUCAAUAGCCAACAUACAACCGAUGAUACAAGAGGACGCAACAUCUAACGUAUUCCAAAUUCAUAUUAAAGAUCAGGCUGAUAUUUUGUACUACGAAGCACCAAAUACACAAAUCAUGCUGGAAUGGGUAGCUUUGAUUAACACCAAAUUAAAAAUGGAUCCUGGAUCUCUUUUGGGUCAUUAUAGUGGAUUCAAAGCCUAUCAGUCUCAACCAGAGAAUGUAAAGGAUAUUCUGCAAUCUGGAUUACUGUAUGUCAAGCAAGAUUAUAAGCGAUCAUUUGAACCUCAAUACUGCGUCUUGAUGAAAAACCAAGACGGAGGAGGGUUAGUGAUGUUUGAUACUGUGAAAAGUAAGAAACAAUGGUGGUGUCACCUGAAUAUCAAUGACGAUCAUUACCAACAACGCCAGUCACUUGGUGUGUAUGAACGACGACGUCAAUUAUUUCAACCUGAGAACGCUUACGUGUAUUCCGGAGAUGAAUGUAUUCUUGAUAAAUUAGUGACGAAGCGACAAGCGCGCAAUAUUGAGCCUUCGAGAUAUUAUAAGGAUGGAGAAAUCCCGGGAGGAUACAAGACAUCGGAAUGCGUGUUUGUUAUAUGGCAGAUUGCGAAACGACACUUUGUUCCAAACUUUCGGGAGUAUUUAUCCUUGUUAAAACUUGGCCAUCGUCUAGGAAACCGAGGCUCAUGCUGGGUAUUCAAAGCAAGAAGUAGACAAGAAAGGGAUGAAUGGCUUUGGGCCCUACAUCAGGAAUUCGGCGUAUUAAAACUCUAG